UUCUACACACAACAAAAAAACAACAUCAAUAAUAACAGCUGAUGAUCAUAUGGCAGUGCGCUUUGUUUGUGUCGAAUCAGAACAGAUUUAGGUCUUUGUUCACAAACGGACUUCACAAGCAGUCAUCUUGUCCGUGUUGAAGGGAAAGGGUCUGUCUUUCAAUUCAAGAGCGAGCUGGAGCCCUUCAGAGAUAAAAGGAGUAUUAUGGACAAAAUGCACACAGAAGCCAAGAAGCGACGUAAAAUAGCGGCAGUGUGCUGCAUUAUUCUGAUUCUACUCUCCAUUAUUGAGUUAGCAAUAGGAGCGACAACAUAUCAGAUGGUGCACAACAUAAACGCAGGGUCAUGGUGGGCAGCCGGAGGGCUUCUUCUGGGUGCCUUACUGUCGUUAGUCGGAGUUUACAACAAACAAGAAGGACGAUGCUGGAUGGUAGCGGGUACUGCUUUUCUGGUUAUUGGAAUCUUCCUGGCGUUUAUUGGUGCAAUUAUUGAUGGGGUAACUGCUUCUGCAGUCUCGAGAGUAGACAUCUCAAAGUGCAAUCAUUCCAGUUCUGGAUUAGCAAACUGUCAGGUCACAGCUGGAUGUGAAAGGUCAGUGAGCAUGCUCAGUACGUGCUACUGUUGCUAUGUGACGACACAGAGAGAAGCCAACUGCGCCUUUCAGUCCGUUGGUCUUUCAGAGAUUCCAUCCUAUUUCUCUGGAGUGAAUUCCUGUGAUGUCAUCAGCGGGUCAUACAUUAAUCUUCUUUGGACGUCGGUCUCAUUUCUUUCAUUGGCUCUCUUACAUGGCGUGGUGGUUGGGGCGUUAGUCAGUGGCUACAAAAACCUAGUUGCCCAGAUACCACGAAAUUACAUUCCCACUCCACAGAGUACCCCAUCUCGUCCUGCCUACCAGAUGACGCAAUCUGCCUACCAGCCCGUCGUUGCAGUAGGCCCUCUACAGAACGUAAGUCCACAAGACAUGAGACCUAUCCCAGCACCUCGAAAUAGACCUCCGCCCUACGCUCCGAACGCAGCUGAUGUCUGAGAUCAACAUACAACUCCUGAGUAACAUAGAUGUUUGCAAUUUCAAAUUGCCCGCUUGACAUCCAAAUGUAGAACUCUAAUAUGGUGCAUUCUUCGGAUAAUAUUUGGACGCAGAAAAAACAUCAUUUACGGAUAGUUUUUAUGGAGGUUUCCUUUGGGAAUCUUGUCCUAUGAGAUCAGCUUCUUGCCACUUUUGUAACUGUUUUAAUGUCUUCUUUCUUGCUUACUUGGUAAGUAAAACUACCGUUACAUAUUCUUUAAACCAAAAAUCUCUUGGGAUUUUUUUUUUUUAAUCUUUGAUAGUUUCUUUAAUGCAUUCCUUAAAACUAUCUUAAAUCCCCCUGAUAGAUUUUGCUUCAAGAAAAAUCUUGCAAGAGCACGAAACCUUUCCUUAAAAACUACUUAUUUUGUUUAUGCGACGUGAUUCCAAAUUGAAAUAAGAAUGUUCAAUCUCCGAUAAAUGAUGCUAGUAAAUAAAUAAGUUGUCGCUGUGUGCAUUCCAGGGUAGAAAGCAUUAAAUAAGUGCCAUGCAAUGCAAAUACAUACUAUUAGAAGACCUUGUAUAGACUUAAUUUAUUCUAUUGAGGCAUUCGUACAAUGAAAAAAACAGGGUGAGGUUGGCUAGUAAUUGAUCCUCAGAAUAACUUGAGACUUGGGGGAAACCAGUGGCAGCAAACAACCAGGCGAACCCAUUGUUCUAAGAAUUGUCGCGUGCUCAGAAAAAACAAACGUGGUGAAUUCUCUGGGGUUACUAUUUCCUCGGGAUUGAAUUUGGCGUUUUGAAAACAGGUUUAAAUUUUCAACUCUGUGGGUCUUUCCCUCACAUUUCAAAAUUAAAGUAUGAAUCACUUCUUGUCUAUGCAGUGAAAAUGCAACGAGUAUGAACAGGCUUGUUAACAAAAAAUCAACAGUAUUCAGAAUUUAACAUAAAAAGAGCAUUUUGCAUUGGUUUCUGAAAUUAAUACAAGGUAACUUAUGCGGUAUUGAGUUCCUUGAAAUGUGAAUGUAUCAAAAACCAUCAUUUAUUACUGUAACAUUGUGGUUGGUUUCUGAAAUGUUACUGAUACUGUAGGCCUAUAGUUUUUUUUAAAUUUAUUAUACUAUAAUUUAUUCCUGUUGUUGUAAUAUUCCUUUGUUCAAAAACAGAGUAUGCUAAACAUCACCCUGUUUACCAAUAGAGUAUGUUUCGUUUACCAAAGAUUUAGUUCAAAAAGACCUUUUUAAAAAUAUUCAUGCUUACUUUUUUUAUUCCAUAAACCAUGUUUUAUGAUUUCGUCGCUGGUCAACAGAAAUAAAUUAUGUGUUGAAGUUGAAACUAAUUUUCAAACUCGCACAGAACUGUCAAUAUUUGUUCAUUCUUGCAACUAUUUUAAUGAGUAAUUAAUUCCUGAACAUAAUGUCACUUCAUAAAAUAAAAAAAAAUAAGGAUUCGUCCCCCAGGCCUCACUGUUUAGAGGCACACGUUUAAAAAAAACUGGGAGGAAAUUAUGAUGUAAUAAAAAUAUUAAGCUUGUGUUUAUUCGGAAAUUAAAUAUCACUUGAAAUGUUGUAUAAAAUAAUAUAAAAGAGAGGAAAUAUGAAAGAAAGAUUUAUCGGGAAAAGGUUGUAAUGAAGAUGAUUUUUAUAUCAAGAGAAAGAAUGUUUUUGUUAGAUCUCCCACUGUAUAUUCUUGUAGAUUAUCUAUUGAAAUGGAAAAGCUGCAGGUAGUUUUAAAAUAUGUGUGUGAAAGCGGAGAUGAUCUUAAAAACAAGUGAAGGUUUGUAGUAUUUAAAAAAUAUUUAGUGAAUGCAUGAGAAAUUAUUAUUCAGGAUAGAUGUGCUAGUACAUGUAGCCACCUCGCAGGGUUAAACUCUUCAUGUAUUCAGACAAUUUUAGGCAUUUUUUAACUGUUUAAAAGUCAACUCAAAUUUUGAACUUUUUUGCACGAUUUGAGGAGCAUGUUUCUUAUGUAAAUUUAAAUUCUGUAUAUUAAGAAAUAUCAUGGAUCAGAGAUGUUAAAGGUAGGGUCAUAGAUUUUUAUUAUUUUUUUUGUCAAUGUAAAUGCUGAUUUAUUAUCAGUCACAAUUAUCAAAAUAGAGUACAAGUCACAUGUAAAAGUUUAUACAGCGUCUACUUGUUAAGAAAACAGCAAAAAACUGUCACAUUUUUUUUCAAAAGAACAUUGAAUCGAUCCACGUUUAAUAAGGAAACCAACCCUCAUUAAUCUGAGAAACGAUUCAUGCAUUAAGAAUCGUUUCUAAGAUUCAAAUGUUUUUAUUGAUUUUUUUAGGGGCAUUUCAGACAAAAUAAUUCCGCAGGAUGCUUAUACCAACAUCUUUACAAGUAAGCCUUUCAAAUUUCAAAUUUCGAAUUUCCCAAAAUUACUAAAGUAUGGCCUCUUAUUUUUAACAUUAUAACAAAAGAACUUUCCAGACUUUUUUUUAACUGGAGAAAGAAAUUUGUUUUGUAAAUCACCAUACACCAAUGCAUCAGUUUUCUAGUCUCUUGCUUUUUUUCUGGAAGAUGAGUGAAGCAUGGAAUCAAAGGCUUCAACGCAAAGUUAUUUAUGGCUUUGAAACGCACAGCAAACUUGUAUAAAUUAAGUGAUGAAUAAGAAUGUAUCAAGUAAAUUUGUCAUUUUCAUCGCAUUUGUUUUCUCACUUUUACGUUCCAAAGUUUGUGUACAUUUAAGUGGUAACUAGAUUCCUAGGCAACUCACAGUAAUUCUGUUUUGUUCUAGUUUUGUAAACUAUUAGUUCUCAACAUGAGGAAAGUUUUAUGUCUAUUUAUUCAGAUUAAAAGUUAUGCACUAAGGUGGAUGACCUUUGACAUGUGGCAGCCAUGUUGGAUUUAAAAAUAAUAAAGUCAGCUUUUAUGGCUGUCCAUGACCCAAGUAAUACAGCUGCCUUUAAAGGCAAAAAUUUGUGCUCAACUUUUUUUCUGCUCAGCAAAAGUUAGCAUAAAACCAGUAGAAUGGUAUUUUGGCUGGUGACCUUAAUCUGGUAAGCAAAUUUUGUUCUGUGCUGAGCUAAAAAGUACUGUUUGUGCUUACGCAGUUCUAUUAAAUUGUUUGAAACACGGUUUACCAAAAAAUGAUAUGCACUUAAAAUUAAAAAUAAAUGUCUCUUUAACAUUUAUUUGUUGUGUCUUAUAUAAAAUAAUCAUUGUUUUUUUAAAUCUUUGCACUGUAUUUAAAACCAUUUUGAAGUAUUUAUUUGAUUUCAACUGACAUCUACCCAUAGUUUGCUUGUCACUAUGGUUGUGAUUGAAGCCACGAGUUUAUUUACUUAAUCAUGCAAUAGAUACAAUCGGCGACUAAAAUCACGUGACUCAUUGUGGAUGCGAUCGAUUAGCUUCCCCAUGUUGACCCCGCGGUUAUAAGAGCUAAUCGAACGAUCACACUCACCCUCUAAUGGUAACG